AUGACCCCAGUGCACUUUUCGAUGCGAAGGGUGCAACAUACUCGUCUUUCUCCAAAAUUAAGAAUUCAGCUCUUCUCGUUCCAACUUACCAGCCGAAACCGGACAUUCGCUAUUAGGCGACGCUCACUUCGUCGAUGGUGGACAUGCUGUUCAACUCAGUCGAACAACGCCUCUAAGCUUCGGAACAUGUCGUUUGGGCUCCAGGAGGUAAAUCGAUUCUUCGGUAUCGAGUUUGAUGUAAAUGUGUGUAAAAUUUCAUCUUCUAGGGUUAGCAACGUUUCGAAAAAUAAUAAUGUUUUGAAGAGCGGAUUGAAUUUAACGUCCUGGGUUAAUUACUUUGCGAUAUCAAAUCAGCUAGAUGUUAGGGUAAGCAAAUCAGGUGAUUCGAGGCCUGUUGAGCCACUGAUUUCGCAUCAAAUAAAUUUGGGGGAAAUAUUGAAUGGAGAAGAGGUUUUAUUAGGUCUGGCAUCAAUUAACGAAAAACCUGAGCAGAUUACAACUGUGUACUCAUGGACCUCUGAUAUUAAAGAUUUUCCAAAAUGGAUGCAUUCAAUUCCGGUUUUUCCGCUGGAUUCUUCAACACAACACCAUGAUGUGAAAACUUAUAAGAAAAAAGUUAGUUUUCUUUCAGGGUUCAUAGUUGCUACAGGUUGUGGAGCGUUGGCAGCUUUGGCAUUGUUCUUCGUGUGGUCAUUUGUUGCUGAUAAGCAGAAAGCUCAAGGGGAGCCUUCUGUGCACCCUGUUGAUUUCAAAUAUGAAAAGAUUGAUGUUCUUGAAGCCAACAACACUUCAGAAAGUGCUAUGAAGUAG